AACUGGAAGAUGUUGCAAUGCAACUUCCUGAACAUUGUUACCGCAAAGUUGGAUAUUCUCAACGGCGAGAAUACAUUGACCAUCCUACCUGCGUACCAUCAUUAUACAAUCUUGACGUCGCUGAAAUUCAAACAGAAUCGAAAGAGAUGUCCGUCGUGGAAAGUCAAACUCCGAGAGCAAUCACGAAAGAAACACCGAUGCAGACAUCGAGUAAAUGCGAAUUCUGUCAUCAAUACAUACAACUUCCCAGCACCGUAGAAGUGCCCAAUACGCAUUGUUUACAACAUCCACAAUGGAGUUAUCCCGCUAUCGUGCAGUUUCUUCGUGGAGAAGUCAGCAUGCCGUGUUGCUCUAAAUGCAAAUGCAUAACGGAUACGACACAGACGCAACAAUUACAGCAAUUAAAACAUACGAAAUCACAGUCAAAAGGAAAAUCUAAUCUUCAUAAAAUGACGAAUACUGAAAGCAAGAACAAUGCUACAAAAAUGACGAUACAACCAAUCUCCACACAUAUUGCUUCAGUUUUUGAACCGGACAAAAAAAUGCAGACCGCACUGGAUAUCGACUACAAAGAAAAAGUGGCUGCAACAGAGAUUAAAAAAGACAUAACAGAGGACAUCGAUCAGAAAAUUGCGGAAAAAAUCAAAAUAAAACUUUCAAAAACUAAAGAGUCCGAUAUAAUCGUAGGACAUGAAAACGUAAAGGAAAGAAAUAAUAGCAGCAUGGAAGGAAACGAAGAGAAGACAAUCGACGAAAAAAAUAAGAUCGAAAGGAGUAAGGGAGGAGGAGAACGCAGCCCUAGAAUUUAUCAAAAAUUUAAGGGUGUAAUGGAACAAGAAAGCAUAACAAACUCGAAGGAAUCGAUAUACACGAGCAGAAUAUUAAGCACGCCGCUAAGUAGUAGAACGAAACCUCGAAUGUUGUUAUACUUAAAAUCAAAUAAGGUGGAUCCAAUUACGGACGCAAAUGUAUCCGUGAUAAAUGAGGACUGCAUCCCCGGAAGAAUGGCAUCCAGGACGAUACUUGAUAAUCAGAAUAUUCAAGGAAGCGAGCAUUCAGCAAGGAAUGGAACGUCGAAUCCUAUAAUUGAACAUCAAUUGAACGCUGCUUGUUCGCUCUACAAGCGACAGAAGAGUUUAACGCCAACUUUGGACAAUUCAAGAUACUAUAUCGUCUUUAAGAACAAAAAGGGAAGAUACUUUUGUGAAUUUUGCGCCCCGUUGGAAAGUAGAAAGAUAACAAGCAGAUUCGAAGGCACGGACUCAAGAAAGGUACGAUGUGCCAGUUGUCGAUUGCAUUUUCGUGAUCGAGGAAUCAGAACUGACCUCAGCUGAUGAAAAGUUAUUUCUAUUCGCAGAAAUCAAAUACUUGUCCAAAAUACAGUCGAUUGCAAAAGCACAUGGCUUCUCCCUCCACCACAUAAACAACAAUCACA